AUGGACACCGCCUGUGCUUUCCCUGGCCUCGAGGAAGAGGAACAGAUUCUCGGCCCACUCGAGCUCGAGCCUGAAAAGUGCGACUCGCCAGCUUUCGAGACGCGUAAGGCCAAGGGAGUCGCUAACGCUGAGAAAGAGAAGCUUGCUGCUGCGGUCACCAGGUUUUCUCGGGGCUUUGAUGUCGCUGCCUUCCAGCAGGAGGCUGCAUCUUGGUUUCCCAAGUUGAAGGGUGACUUGUUCCCUGGUUCCUACAGUCACCUCUUGAUCAUCCUUUUUGGCACUUUAGAUGAAGUACAGGAUACCCAGGCUUCCUUGGCGAGAUGGCUCCACGACCACUACCCGUGCUUCUCACUAGUUGCAGGCGAACCCAACAUCCUCGAUGAGUCUAUGUUUGGCUCAGAAAUUGAGAUGAUGAGAAAGCUGCUGGCACCCUUGCGUGGCGAGGACAGCAAGAUCUAUUGGAUCAAUACGAGACUUCAGGACACCACUGCAUCCCGCCACCAGCUUGAAGCAGCCGUAAGCGUGAUCGAAGGGUUCAAGCACGAUCUUCUCAGUGCGGUUGAACAGGACAACGAGAGUAAAACCAUCUACAGUGCUCUGCCGGUUGGACAGGAACGCAUGUCUGCCAUUAGCUCGAGACAGAGUCGCCUCGAUGGCUGCAAGGGUACCCUUAGCUGGGACGGUUUUCUGAAGAGAAACAUUGAAUUUACGUCCUUCUUCCACCUUUACAAGAACCACAUCUGCAAAACGCAGCCGCAGAAGGCAAAGAGAUACAGAUGGUUGCCGCCCAACUCGCCUGUUAUCCCUCGCUCCUCUCCUGAUGAGAUGGAUGCCGAUUGCUUGUGCAGCUGGCCCAUGGAAGUCCCCGAGAAUGGAAUACUCGACUUCAUGCUCAAGACGGCGCUGUGGCUCGGCCUGGCGAGAGGAUUGUCCCCCGUCCAUCUCUUCUGUGAUAUUGUGAAACAUUUCUCUCGUUUUGAGCCCAAUGUCAACGCCAGUAACUCUCACAUUGCGCUCUUGUGCCAGCUCACCAAGCUCAGGGUCUCUUGUGAUGGAAUUAAGUCUCGCAUGCCCACCCCGCUUCCUUACCAGGACAAGUUCUUCUUUGAGUACAACCCGGCUUUCUUCAUGGAUGUCUCGGCAUCCAACAAUGAUGUGGCGACUGAUCUUUACGACAAAUUGACCCUGAUGGACACCAACAAUAUGAGGAAGUUUAAUCUUCAAAUGCCCCCUCGUCCCCGUCAGAUUCGUGGCAAGAAGACGCACAAUUCGCAGCUCUCAGUGAUCUCUGGAAGUCUCGCUGGACAGACUGAGAUGCAGCUUCCUGCCUUUCAACUGAAGCACAAGUUGGUCGAUCUUCCGGCAAGUGCAGUUCUCGCUGACCUCCCAAAGCCACCUCCUACAAGGUACUUCUCUGUCGAAGGAAGCGCAUUGAUCCACAGAUACUUUAGCAGCUGGCGUGCGGAACAGAGCGCUUACGCCGAUGUACUUUCCAUGUACGAAGAUCAUUCCACCAUCUAAGGGUUCGAGGUGCUGCCAUCAAUGUCUGUCGAUAUCUGAAAAUCAAGUACUCACUCAACCUUUGCUGGUCUCAACAGUUUAGCCAUUCACCUUCCGGAUCGACCUGCAUCAACAAAACAACAAAAACAGUCGAAAACUCGCGAAAAUUCAGGAAAAACACAGUUUGGUGGUUUUUGAGGAUCAGUUCAGUCUCGACGAUGGUUUGGUCCUGGAUUGGUA